GCGCGCUUCCUUGCCUUCUACAAAGAAACCCAGGGACCGCGGAUGGAAGGAAGCAGCUAGCCCAGAUCAGAAAGCCGCGGGGACCGGGGUCCCCCACCCCCUGCCCCUGAAGACAGAGUCGGCAUGGCGGCUCCAGGUUACCACGUUCCGCAGCCGGGGUAUCCCGCGGUGUCCCCACCGUACCCGGUGCCUCAGCCGCACCCGGUGCCCUCUGCACCCAGCGUGGGGCUCAGCGUCUACCCGCCCACCAGCCCUGGGGCAGGGCAGAUCGUCCCCCCGCAGCCGCCCCCCCGUGGCUUUCGGGAGCCGCACCACCAGACUCCGGACCCCCACGCAGCCGUCGCCCCCUACAUGCCGGUCGCCACCGGCAUCCCGCCCGGCUUGGAGUACCUGGCACAGAUUGACCAAAUUUUGAUACACCAGAAGGUGGAGCUCACAGAAGCGUUCCUCGGCUUCGAGGGCAAGAACCGGUACGAGGUGCGCAACACCCUGGGCCAGCCCGUCUUCCGGGCGGAGGAGCAGAGUGACUGCUGCACCCGCCACUGCUGCGGCUCCCUGCGCCGCUUCUCGCUGCGGCUGGACGACCCCGCGGGGCGCGAGGUCCUGCGCAUGGUGCGCCCCCUGAAGUGCGUCAGCUGCUGGUUCCCGUGCUGCCUCCAGGAGCUGGAGGUGCAGUGCCCCCCAGGCACCACCAUCGGCUUCGUGCAGCAGACGUGGCACCCCUUCACGCCCAAGUUCUCCAUCCAGAACGUGGAGAAGGAGACGGUGCUGCGGGUUUUGGGGCCCUGCUUCGCCUGCAGCUGCGGCGGGGACGUCAACUUUGAGGUGAAGACGCGGGACGAAUCCCGAGGCGUGGGGCGCAUCGCCAAGCAGUGGAGCGGCCUCGUGCAGGAGGUCUUCACUGACACAGACAACUUCGGGGUCCAGUUCCCCAUGGACCUCGACGUGAAGAUCAAGGCGGUGCUGCUGGGAGCGUGUUUCCUCAUUGAUUUCAUGUUUUUCGAGAAGACGGGAGUUGGACAGCGGAGUUCGGUGAUCACAAGCUAGGGGCACCUCCGAUCUGGGCGCCCCCUUCCCCGGGGGGCCCCUUUCCAGGGCUGAUGAGCAGGGGUGUGAAUGCUGUGGAUGA